UUCAGCUCUUCGAAUAUUCAUGUUGUGCCGUAGUAUUUAUUUCAUUGGCGUACUGUCAGUGGGGGUAAUCUGCAUUACGUGAGUGUUUAAUGACUCAAGAAUGAAAAAAACUCUUUUUUUCAGCCCUGCCCAAUGGUCUCAGCCCCUUACGCCGACUGUACUUUUUUUUCGUAUGUCAACUGUACGUUUUAACUCUACGCUCAUCUUGUUUUCUCCGGUCUUGCUGAAGGGUCUCGGCCCGAAACGCCGACUGUAUUCUUUUCCCUAACUCCAGUUACUCCAGUUCUUCCAGCAUUUUGUGUGUGUUGCUUGGAUUUCGGGCAUUUGCAGGUUGUCUCUUGUUUCUGAAAGGAGUGAAGUCUUUAAAUACGAGUUAAGGAGGGAGUAGUUGUCACUGGCAUAAUUUAAAACAAUGGUCGCCCCAAGCAGCCCUUGUCAAAUUGAAGUCAUCGUUUUUUUUCUGGAUUGUCAUUUUCAUUCUAUUGAUUGAAAUCAGACAAAGUCUGAAGGAAGAUAGCUGUGGCUGGAAAAGGCCCCAAUACAUCACUACCGGAGAUCCAUGGGGCAAUUUGCCAUCUGCUUUUACUUAGUUAAUGACGCUCCCUCCAGGAAAGAAUUCAAUUCCAUUCAUAGCUUUUUAGUGAAUAAGGUGGUGGAACAUUCCCAUAUGUAACAUGGGCGUAUAAAUGUCAAGUUGUGGCUACCACUUACAGUAUUAAAGAGUUAACCUAUCUUUGUGUGGCAAUGAAAUGAAGAGAAAAUCCAGGAGGCACUUAGCAGAUCGAACUAUAUCUCAGGAAAAAAGAAACAAAGUUAAACUUUCAGGUCAGAUACUGUCACUGAAAUCACUCUGCAUUCAACAUCAUGGGGUCACCACUGACUAAAAAGUGAAAUGGGGCAGCCACAUAAACAUGGGUAUGAGCAGUUUGGAAACCCUGUGGCCAGUGACUCAUCACCACCCCCCCCCCCCAUGUCAUCUACAAGGCUUAAGCAAGGAAGGAGUAUGAUGGAAAACACUCUACUCAAUGAAUGAAUAUAGUUUCAACCACAAACAGCACAAUCUGAGAUGAAGCAGCCAGCUUGGCUGGCACCCAAUCCACCCGUUCCAGCCACCGGCCCCUGUAGUGUGCUAUUAGUGAAUCAUUCUGCAUCAGCAUGCUGGGGCCAUCGGUGACUAGAAGCCUAACUGCAGCAGCCACAGCAAGAUAGCUGUAAGAGCAGUCCCAAGAAUCUGUAUUUUGUGCAUGUACCCUGCCCCGCUUCCCUUCCAAACUAUUCCAGCGUUGUCAAGAAUGUGAUGGAAAACUAUACAUGGUUGGCCACAACCACAAAAGAGCUCAACGUAAUCCAAGACAAGGCAGCCAGCUUGGCUAGCAUCCAUCAACCAUUCCAGUUUACUGGUGCCUAUCAUGGGCAUAUACCUUGGCAACUUGCAACACCUCUUCCAACAGCAGUUUCUGAACCCACAAUCUCUACUACCCAGAAGGACAAAUGUGAACCCCCAUCAGCAGACUGGAGUCUCAUAGUAUCCUGGUUGGAGAUAUAGUGCUAAAGGCACUGGCACUGACAGUCAGGAAGAUACAGGGAGCAAGAAACAAUCUGCUGGAGGAGCUCUGCCGUAUCUGGAAGGAAGGAAGAGAAUUGUUGACAUUUCUGGAAGGAAGGAAGAGAAUUGUUGACAUUUCAAGUCGAAUCUGCAUCAGGACUGUGAGCACUUCUCCUUUAGGCUGAACUUUUGGUGCAGAAGAAUAAAUGGACGUCAAUAAGUUGCAGUGGGAUUUGACAGCAGAUCAAGUCAGGACUCGGACAGAUGCUCUCAUUCACAGAACCUUGCAAGUGUACGACAGUGUUGGAACCUUAGAUAUUGGAGAAGUUACAUAUGAAAACACAUUAAAGGUUUUAGCAAAUGUGGAGAAUGAAUAUGUUGUGGAACAAAGAAAUUUGAUUUUUCUGAGGUAUGUCUCUCAACAUGAAGAUGUGCGUGCUGCCAGCACUGAGGCAGAUAAGAAGCUUUCAGAGUUUGAUGUGGACAUGUCCAUGAGAAGUGAUGUGUUUCAACGGCUUGUGGCUCUUCAGGAAAGAAUCAACCCCAAGGCCUUGAAACCAGAAGCCAAGCGAUAUAUGGAGAGACUGCUGAAACUAGGACAACGAAAUGGAUUACACCUGCCAAAUAAAAUCCAGUCAGAACUCAAAGAUACCAAAAAGCAAAUCAGUGAACUCUGUAUUGAAUUCAUGAAAAAUCUCAACGAAGACACUACCAUUCUUCUGUUCACCAGGGAUGAGCUGGGUGGCCUCCCUGAAGACUUUCUUGGUGAUUUGGAGAAGACAGAUGAUGAUAAAUACAAGUUGACAUUGAAGUACCCCCAUUACAUGCUAACAAUUAAAGAAUGCUAUAUCCCAGAAACCAGAAGAAAAAUGGAAACAGCUUUUUAUUCCAGAUGUAAAGAUGCAAACACAAGAAUUCUUGAAAAGCUGAUCCCACUUCGAGCAAAGGCAGCAGAGCUACUGGGCUUUUGUUCCCAUGCUGACUUUGUACUUGAGAUGAACAUGGCCAAAAAAAGGGAAAAUGUUGCUAAAUUUUUAGAUCAGUUGUACCAGAAAUUGAAACCUUUAGGCGAAGAGGAAAGAAGCUUCAUUUUAGACUUAAAGAGGAAAGAAUGCGCCGAGCGAGGAUUCAAGUACGAUAACAUGAUAAAUGCGUGGGAUAUGUAUUAUUAUAUGACACAGACUGAGAAAAUCAAAUAUUCUGUUAAUCAUAAUUACUUGAAGGAGUUCUUCCCCGUGGAAGUGGUGACCACAAUAUUAAUGGACAUCUAUCAGGACUUGUUGGGACUGUCCUUCACCCAACUGAAACAUGCUCAAACCUGGCAUAAUGAUGUGACCAUGUACUCUGUCCAGGAUAGCCUCACAGGGAACGUCUUGGGGCAGUUUUAUCUUGACCUCUAUCCAAGAGAUGGAAAGUAUGGACACGCGUCUUGUUUCGAUCUCCAGCCUGGGUGUCUACUACCCGAUGGAAAAAGACAAAUAGUAGUUUCAGCAUUGGUAACAAAUUUUACCAAACCAACCAAAAACGUUCCCUCACUCCUCCAACAUGCGGAAGUUGCAACCUUCUUCCACGAAUUUGGUCAUGUAAUACAUCAGAUCUGUACCCAGGCUGAUUUUGUCAUGUUCAGUGGAGGUAAUGUGGAGACAGAUUUUCUGGAGGCCCCUUCCCAGAUGUUGGAGAACUGGGUUUGGGAAAAAGAACCACUGAAGAGAAUGUCACGCCAUUAUAAAAAUGGGAGUCCUAUUCCUGAUGAUUUACUUGAAAAACUUGUUCAAUCAAGACUGGCCAAUACUGGUCUUAUAAACUUGCGUCGGAUUGUUUUUAGUAAGCUUGACCAGUCAUUUCAUACGAAGUCAUUUGCUAACACAGCUGAAGAGUAUGCCCAACUGUGUGAAGAUAUUCUCGGAAUACCUGCAUCACCAGGGUCAAAUAUGCCUGCAACUUUUGAGCAUCUGGUCGAUGUCUAUGAUGGUCAAUACUAUGGAUACCUUUACAGUGAAGUUUUCUCCAAGGAUAUGUUCCACAGUCUGUUCAAAAAUAAUCAUUUAAUGGAUCCUGAGGUUGGUACAAAGUAUAGAAACUGUAUUCUCAAACCUGGUGCAACACUAGAUGGCAUGGACAUGCUUAAAAACUUGCUUGGACGUGAACCCAACCAAAAUGCGUUCCUUUUGAGCAAAGGACUGGUUGUCGAGCAGGAAGAGGGCUUUCCUGCAGAAAACCCUAAAUUUCAGAACCAGGAUUGGGGUAAACAGACCAGUGGAGCCACGAUGUACUGAUGAUGUUUAUCUGUGAAUUGACUUUUAAAUGUGUGUACACUGCAGUGUAUGUAAUUGUGUUGCUGGUACCUUGCAUCUGCUGCAGUUUGCAGUUGAAAGAAGGUGUGGAA